GCGGCGAGCUCCCGCCUCCCGCCGGGGUCGGGGGUCAGCCGCGCCCGCCGGCUCCGGGCGCCCAUGGAGGGCUCGGAGGACGAGGAGCCGGGGCCUGAGGGGCCGCUGCCGCAGCUGCUGAAGCGGCAGCGCAAGGAGAAGCGGGAGCUCCAGGCAAAAAUUCAAGGCAUGAAAAAUGCUGUUCCCAAGAACGAUAAGAAGAGACGAAAACAGCUGGCAGAUGAAGUUGCCAAACUAGAGGCAGAACUUGAACAGAAGCACAAGGAGGAAUUAAAGCAGCUGAAGGAAGCUUCACCUGAACAGAAUAAGACAGAUUCCAUAGUUGAUGGGGUUGCAAAUAUAGAGCUUGAAGGAGUAGUGCAGCAGAUUCAGCAUCAUCGAAUAUCAAAAGCACAGAAGAGGCGGGAGAAAAAAGCUGCUUUGGAGAAAGAACGAGAAGAAAGAAUAGCUGAAGCUGAGAUACAAAAUCUAACAGGUGCUAGACAUCUUGAAAGUCAGAAACUUGCCUGCCUAUUGGCAGCAAGGCAUUUAGAGAUUAAACAAAUCCCUUCAGAUGGCCAUUGCAUGUACAGAGCUAUUGAAGAUCAGCUCAAGGAUCACCAAAAUUCCUGGACUGUUGCAACUCUGAGGAACCAAACAGCAAAGUAUAUGCAAAGUCACUGUGAUGACUUCUUGCCUUUUCUUACAAACCCUAAUACUGGAGAUAUGUAUAGCAGAGAGGAAUUUGAGAAAUACUGUGAUGAUAUAGCAAAUACAGCUGCAUGGGGAGGUCAGCUGGAACUAAGGGCUUUGUCACACAUUUUACAAACACCUAUUGAAGUAGUGCAGAUGGAUUCUCCUCCCAUUGUUGUUGGUGAAGAAUAUUCAGGCAAACCAAUAACACUUGUGUAUAUGAGGCAUGCCUAUGGAUUAGGAGAACAUUACAAUUCUGUGAAAGUUCUAACAGACACUGCUACAGAGAACAGCAGCUAGCAUACAAAAGUUGUACAUUCACAUGGAUAACAUGGAUAACAGUUGCAUCGUGAUGUGUUUGGCUCCAGGAAAUUCCCAGUAAGACUGGAAAUGGAUUAUAAAUUAAAAAAAAAAAAAAAAAAAAAAAAAGACCUGCAGGGUUUGACUAUAAAAUCAGAUAUGCCUCUAGGUUUAUAACAAAACCAAACCAAAACCACACAACAAAAUGUUGAACUUAUUGGUAUUAAUUAUGUUUAGAAGAUCUUCUGUAAAAUGGUGGCUGCGUAGAUCAGGUUUUUUUUUCAAUAGAGCUUCCUCCCAGCGCUGCAGAGAAAAUAUCAAGUAGUAAAAGUUCAUUUUGGUUAAUCUGCAUUUCUGCUGAAGAUUUAAGGUUACCUGAAGGUCCCUGUUCCAUUACUUUAGAUUUGCACAAUAAUGGAAGAGUUCAGGCAUUUGAAAUAACUGAUUGUAUUUUGCUUAUGGAAUGCCAUCUGCCGUGUUUCUGUAGUCCUAUCAGGGUCUAAUUUCAACAAUGUAGUGUUGAUUCCCUUCUUUAUUUGGGCAGAGAACAUCUGGAGGUAAAUCCAGCAGCAGAAUAUCUUGGCUUGGCUGAAGGAGUCUUUGUGAAGACUUUCAUGUAAGAUUUUUACCAAGGGACGAUGUAGGGUUUUUUUGGAGUUGACAACCAGGAAUUCAACUCUUGUGCAUUGUUAUUUAUGACUGUACAUUAAUUAUACUGUCAGGGCAAGUUAACUGCACUGUUCAUUCUCCAUAAUCUUUCAGCUGUGCAUUUAGGUGAAUCUGAAAUCUUAAAAAGCUCCUCAGUGUCCUCACUUGAGGUAGUGAAACUCAUCUGAACUAAAAAUUUCUGAAUCUGCUGAUCGAAGCACUUUGUCGUCUAAAGUGUGAUGUUUUAUAAUGUUUAAAGUAGAUGAUUGCGCACAGCUGUAGAAAUAAUCACCUUGGGUUUUAUCAGUAACUGAAGGUGAUCUGGAAAAGAAUUAAGUUUAUUUUAAUUUUUUUUUAUAAUGUGCAGAGACUUGAAAAGUUUUAACAUAGCUUGACUUUUUACAUUAGAAAUUUAGAUUGUUGUCUGUAAAUGUGACUUCAAAAUUAGGAACGUAUUGAAACCAAAAUUUGAAUGCAAAUGUUUUUUAACAAGAUAAGUGAUUUUUUUUAAUUUUUAAAAAGCCUUAGCCAAUAAAAGUAUUGUCUGUAUUUUACUGCUGCUGAAUUGGUUGGGAGAAAAGUGGUUCAUGAAAAGAUUUAACACCUUUGCCCUGGUUUGGGGAUUAUGAUCUAAUAGUAUCUAUCUUGUAGUCCUUCAAUAAAGCCAGCCUGCAGACUUACAUUCCUGGAACUUAGAAAAAUCUGUUCAUACUUAAGAGGGAGAUAAGUGAUCACUUUAUGGGUCAGAUUAUGUCUGAUUUAAAGCACUUUGCGAGAGAGGGAGUAAAAAAAAAUACCAGAUAAUUGCAGCAAGAGUUUUGGACAAGCAGUUCCUUAGGCUGGUGCCUGCCAGGAAGACAAAGUAUUAACCAGAUCAGGAGUUUUUGCAUUCUUAUUUAUCUGUUACAGUGUAACAAAUAUAGCUGGUUUAUGUACCAAACCAGCUGGCUUACUGUAAAAUUUGGUUUACUACUUUGAUUGUCUAAAAUGAUGGUUUUAAUUUCAAACAAAAAAUAGGAUACAACAGCAUGGAAAAAAUGUUUCUAUUCAUAAUACCAUUGCACAUUUCACUAAAAAGAAUAAUAAUAAGUACUCUUCUCUGCAUUGCUUAGAAUUGAUGUGAUAUAAAAUGCACAUACUGCGUUUUAUAGAUACACAGUUCUUUGGUUUAUUUGGGUUUCAGUUUUGUUUGAAUAACUGAGAGAGAAAAGAUGCCAGAAUCGGGGAACACCUGUACCAAGAGUUUGUCGUGUUGAAGAUGUUUACAGUUUGUAUAAAGUUAAAUAAUUUAAUAUAGUGAAUGAAAGAUCCUUGUUCAUGCUGUAUGGGACUUGCCAAAAAGUAAUAAAUUGGUUUAUUUGUGGCAAA